UCCAUUCCCUCCUAAAGUCCUGAAAUCUGAAGGAGUAAUAGUAGACGAUCGUUGCUUCGCAUCGAAGAUAAGUCCUCCCAGCAGAGUUUCUGGAAUAGAAAAGACCACCACGAUCAUAGAGCAACAAAGCCCCACAAGAACACGAGCACCAACUUAUAUUCCUAAAACCCUAGAUAAACCUCAGUAGACAAAAAUAAAAGGGAGAAGGACACUUGAAGGAGUUAGAAGAAAGAAAAGGGAAGGUAAGGAGGGUAUCAAUCAAGUUACUUUUGAACAAGCUUGAACGUCUUUAAUGAGUAUUGACAUGGAAGAUUCGUUGAGACAGAGUUCUGCGCUUGGGUUUAGCAGCAAGAACAAGAAGAAGUGGCAGAGAAGGCGGAAUGGUUGUGAAUCAAUAGAAGAUACACUUGCAAAGUGGAAGAAAAACAACAAACUUCAGAUAACCAAGGUUCCAGGCAAGGGGUCGAAGAAAGGUUGCAUGAAAGGAAAAGGUGGCCCAGAGAAUAAGAGCUGUCGAUAUAGAGGUGUUAGGCAGAGAACUUGGGGCAAGUGGGUUGCUGAAAUUAGAGAGCCUGUCAAAAAAGGCAGCGUAACGAACAAAAGAAGAAUUAGACUCUGGCUGGGUACAUUUUCUACUGCUAUUGAAGCUGCUCGUGCUUAUGAUUAUGCUGCAAGAGCCAUGUAUGGUCCUAAUGCCAUACUCAAUUUCCCAGACUACUCUCAUGAAUCAGGGGGUCAGUUGGGUAGCUUAUCGUCUUCGAUGACUGCAACUGAGUCUAAAACAACACUGGAUAACUAUGAGGAUAAUAAGGUUGAGAGAUUGAAGAUGGGUUAUUGUGGGUCAAGAGAAGUAAAUAAACAAUCAGGCUCUUCUGGGAUUUAUGCUGUCAAUGAAUCGGAGGAGGAAGUUGAGAAAUUUCAGGUGGCAGAGAGCAGUGGAAGGGAGUUGAAAGCUGAGGUAUGGGAUUUAACAAAUGAAUGGAUGUCUUCUCAUCCUGUUGAAGCUGAAGCACCCGUAUUGAGGGGAGAAAUGGAUGGAGACCUUGCAGAAAUUGUGGAAUCUUGGGGCUGUCAUGGUAUCGACGACAGAUAUGAUUUCUUGCAGAAUCAGACUGAAAAUGUAGAAUAUAAAUUAAAGAAUGAGAUUGCGGAGUCCAGAUUGAGCAACGGACUCCAUGAAUGCUUGUCUUCCGACCAUGAUAUGAGAACUGAUCGUAAAUCUUUCUAUGAUGCUCAGAUGCCAUUAACGACGGGAGAAGAGUUUUCAGGCUUGACAGUUGGCAACUCUAACCACUUUGAGGCCAGGCAUGAUGACAUGGACCUGGGUUUAUGCAAUCCAGAAAUUGAUAUCAAGCCUUUUAUCCAAGGUAUUCCUGACAGUUCUGCUUUAAAGGGAGAGAGGAAUUAUGGGUAUGUUCACGGCGAGGUUCAUGCUGCAAGCCAGUUACAGAGUGGAAGGCCACCUGAACUCUCCUGCCAGUUACAGAGUGGACGGCCACCUGAACUCUCCUGGCAGUUGCAGAGCCCAGGAACAAAUCUACCAGGGAGCUUGAGCUACAUUCAGGAGGCAGAUUUAGGCGGGGGCUGUAAUUUUGAUCUGUCGAAGCAGGACAUCAACUGGGGCUUAGUUGGAGAGCCAGAAUUGCUUGAUCCCUGGUUCCCCGAAUUACAAUUCUAGUAAUAUUCGAGUAUCAAUAAAACAAGUUGCUUUGGUAUCUAGCGGCGAGUACCAUUGAUGGUGCUAAAGCUAGCUGUAAUUUUUGAACCUUGGCCUGAUAUAUAUGUCUCUCUUUUACUCUA